AUGUACUCUUCUCAGCCUACGGUUAGGAAACAGAACAGGCUUGUCAAGUGCUCCUGCCGAGCCUUCGGGUGCUGUCGAGGCCCUGAUGGCCAUACACUACAGAAGCAUAGGACUGCAAAGGAGCAUGGAGAAUGCAAUGAAGUUGAGGAUGCUGCCAAACAUCAGCAAGUGCAGGAGGAUGGGCUGGCCCCAGCGCGUUCAGAGAUGUUGCCGGUGGAUCACGCAUUGGAGGAGAACGAGGGUGAUGCAUACAGCGAACAUGGUGAUGAGGGUGCACCGCUACCUUCAGAUACACUGUACAACUGGAUACCCUCUGACAGUGCACAUGCCAGCGAUGAUGACUCCUCGAUGUUCUCGCAGACUCCUCUGGCUGCAGACCCCGGCACAGAUGAUGAAAGGCAGGUUGACAUUGGAGGGGAGGGUGAGGACAAGGAUGAGGGUGAUGAAGGCAAUGAGGAAGAGGAAGGUGAGGAAGGCGAGGGAGGCAAUGAGGACAAAGAAGGCAAUGAGGAUGAGGAGGGCGAGGAAGAUGAUAAAGAUGAGGAUGAGCUGGGCAAUCAAAACACUGGAGAAGAUCUCGACUGCAAGGGAAGCGAUCCAGAGGACGACCACAACGGUUUGGAGGAUGCAGAUGACAGCUUUGAGGCCCUUGGGCAGGCACUUUACACUGCAAUGGGUGAAGAGUUCAAUUUCUCAAACACUGAAGACCUUGAAGUCCACCACAAUCGUGUCCCAUCCAUCUUUGACGACCACCCUAUCAUUCGUGGUAUCUACAUCGAAGCAUUCAUCUCGGUAGCGUUCCACGGCUCCACCCACGAAGCUGUCAACCUCAGUCUCAAGGCUCAUCACCGCCAUCUAGAUGGUCUCCGCAGGCAACAUCCCAAGCUCAUUUUCCCUGGCCUCGAUGACUGGGCAUUCACCUUCCCUACUGUUCUCAAGUGCCUCGGGCUCUCCACAACCAACUUUAUCAUGUAUCUCACCGUCUGUGACCACUGCUGGACCGUCCGUCUUCCAUCCACUCUCAAUGACCUCCCAUACCCUCAUUGUCCUGCCGAGGAUUGCCCUGGCCUCAUCUUUCAAGAGAAGUGA